GUAAGAUCAAGACAAUACCGCGCAAUGGCUGAAGGCAAAAAGUUGAAGGCAGCCGGAGGGGGCGUCGGCGUUUAACAACGUUACGGCCUGAAAGGGACAAAGAUUAGACCAAUCUCUGAGAAGAAUGAAAGUGUUGUGGAGCAGCAAUUCCAUCUCUCCCACGACGUCUGCCAUUGCUACUGUCACUGUCAUUGCAACAGUAAUUUGUCCAUUUAUUGCUUUUUGGUCCGCGUAGUCAGCACACCACCCGAGCCUACCGCCGUCACCACUGCUGCUUCACAAUCCCAGUCAAACUAGUCCAGUCGGAAUGGGGAACUGCGGUACCAGAGAAGAGUCUGCUGUUGUUUCCAAUGCUCAAGUUCAACAGUUGCAUACGUUAUCGUCUUCAUUGGCUGUGAAAAACGGCAGCAACAAUGCUACAGAUAAAAAGCAUAUUCAUAACCGGUCCAUAUCAGAUCUAAGCGAUCCUUCGACCCCUCGCAGCCUCGAGGAUUUGAGAAAGAAUUCGGUGCUUUACACACACAUUAUUGCCUUCACAUUGUUCGAGCUGGAAACUAUCACCAAGAGUUUCCGUUCCGAUUACAUUCUGGGAGAGGGCGGAUUUGGAACUGUUUAUAAAGGCUACAUUGACGAGAACGUCAGGGUUGGCCUCAAAUCUCUUCCUGUUGCUGUCAAGGUUCUCAAUAAGGAAGGCCUCCAGGGACACCGAGAAUGGCUUACAGAAGUCAACUUUCUUGGUCAGCUAAGACACCCAAACCUUGUAAAGUUGAUUGGUUACUGCUGCGAGGAUGACCACAGAUUACUUGUCUACGAGUUCAUGUUUAGAGGAAGCCUUGAAAACCACCUCUUUCGAAAGACAACUGUUCCAUUGCCAUGGGCAAGAAGAAUGAUGAUAGCUCUUGGAGCAGCCAAGGGUCUUGCUUUCCUACACAAUGCUGAAAGGCCCGUUAUCUAUCGGGAUUUUAAAACCUCUAAUAUACUGUUGGACUCUGACUAUACAGCCAAGCUUUCUGAUUUUGGGCUUGCGAAAGCUGGACCUCAAGGUGAUGAGACACAUGUUUCAACUCGAGUAAUGGGUACUUAUGGUUAUGCUGCCCCCGAAUAUGUCAUGACUGGCCACUUGACAGCAAGGAGUGAUGUAUACAGCUUUGGUGUUGUUCUUCUGGAGCUUUUGACAGGAAGAAAGUCUGUUGACAAGACAAAACCAAGCAAGGAGCAGAAUUUGGUAGAUUGGGCCCGACCUAAGCUAAAUGACAAGAGGAAGUUGCUACAGAUAAUCGACCCCCGAUUAGAAAAUCAAUAUUCGACAAGGGCAGCACAGAAGGCCUGCAGCCUGGCAUACUAUUGCCUGAGCCAGAACCCCAAAGCAAGACCCUUAAUGAGCGAUGUGGUCGAAACUUUGGAACCAUUACAGAGCAGUAACGGUGCAACUGAAUCGGGAAGUAGCCCAUUUGUUAGGGGGGGCAUCCCUGAUUACAGGAUGCGGCCAAGGUUCGCCGACAAUGUUGGUCCUGGUGGUGCCAAUUGCCGGUCUCCUAACCCCACCUGUUCCCCCAGCGUCCCUGCGGCUUGUAGGGUUAGAUGAAAAUGCAUCUUGUUUAUUAUUUGGCUUGCUCUUUUCCUUUACUAAAAUCAAAAUCUCCACUGUAAACACUGUUGACCACCAACCUGGAUUUGUAAUAUUUGGCCAUGUGUUGUGUACAACAUUUGCAAGUGUAAUUAUUAUAUGGACUAGUCGCUCUAACUUGCAUGCCAAGCUGCCGCCCCUCGGAUGAUUGAUAUAGUUCUUGAUCGGCCGCUGGAUGUGCUUCUUAAAAUUAGCCUUACACCUCUUAGGGGGUGGCUGUUUUUGUAAACUAUCCUGCUGCAUGUUACCGACAUCCUGGGCUUCAGCAGGAUCGAUCUGAUAUUUUUCUUGCCUGAAAUGUGAUGUGUUUGUGAUAUUGGGAUUUUGAUUUUGUAAUUAAACUGCUUGUUUUGUUUG